AUGUCACAGUAUCCGUCGAGUUCUAAGGGUGGUGAUAAUCCUGCUGAUUCUAGUAAACGGUCUACACAGGCCGGGAACACUAAAUUGGUACCCGAUGCAGGAUAUCUUGCUCUUACUGGCCCCGGACAUCGAUCAGAAGGUGGUGUUUCUUCGGCUCGGAGUGAGUUUGCUAAGGCUGUUGGCCUUGAUGCUAGACUCAUUCAUCUGCUUAAAUCUGAAGAAGUUGAAGCUCUUGUGACUAAAACUUCUGGUGAGGAUCUGGACAAACGUCUGCAACUUCGAUUUCUAUAUCAGUCGGUUUUGGCUGAAGUCCCUAACGUUGCUGCUGCCCAGGUGGACGAAGUGAUAAUGGAUGUGGUUCUAGCAUUCAUGAUCUAUGUAUGGAGCAAGGUGAUGCUGAUGAUUCUCUCAACAUCAAAUCGUAUCACGGAUGAUACCGUGAAGUAUCGUCAACGACUUGCUCAAGUUAAGCAGAAGACCAAUGAACUUAUUGGUAUUAGUAUUGCCAAUGAUGAAUUGCUGGAUAAGUUUGUUCGUGGGUUACGACCAAAUUAUCAGAAAGCGGUGAAGACUAUUUAUGCUCAUAUUCGUGAUACCAACGAAUUAUGUAGCGUCUUAACUCUUUGGGAAGCCUCCAAUAGUGAGUCUGGUGCUACUGUAAAUGUUGUUAGUACUGGUGAAGACUCGGUUAAUGUUGAAGGUUCUCAAGUGGGCCAAGGACCUCAGAGUCAAGGAAGUGCUCAAGUUAGAGUUAAGGUCCCUAUCAAGUGUUGGUACUGUAAUGGUGCUGGUCAUAUGAAGCGAGAUUGUGAUCUUUGGAAGGCUAAACAAUUGAGUCCGAGCUCUGUGAAUGUAGCGCCAGCAGUUGCUGUACCAGCAACUACUAAACCUAUUGGUAAUAAAAGUUCUGAUCAAGAUCCUGCUAAUGUUGCUACUCGAGGAUUUGAGAAAGUAUCGGUUAUCUCAGCUAUAGAACCUCGAUGUUCUCAAUGGGGUGCUAAGGUUGCUGCACUGUUGGAUACAGGUGGUCAAGGUACAGCAUAUAUUAAUGCUGAUCUGUAUCGUGCUAUUAAAAGUGUUACUUUUGGUAACGGUGAACGUGUAGCUGCUUUAGGUUGCUUCUUUGCUUCUCUAGAGGAUGGUGACAAGAAGGAGUUGGUGAAAUCGGUUCAAUUCAAGGUGAUUGAGGGAUUAACUCCCCUUGUCAUUGUUGGUAUUGAGACUAUAAAACGUUCUACUCUACUUCAGUCAAUGCUACUUGCUAGUAUAUCGAGCAUAGCUAUUGAUGGUGCGACUUCUGAUACCAUUGAUGUCAAUGACCAUAUUGCAGUAGUUCAACCGGAUGAGGUCAGAGCUGCGACUAAUAUGACUCUGGAUGACCAUGGUUAUACUGUAGAUUGUCCUGUAAUGAGUGCUCGUUCGGUAAUGCCUUAUGCUGAGCCUCGGAGAAGGAGGAGCCGAAGUAAAGAAAUUGCUAUUCAUAGGAGGAUUCUUAUCGCUGCUCGUGAAGGAAAGUUUGCUCCUAUUGAUGUUGCCUCAGCGACCGUCAUAAACGAGGUUGUUCUGGUUGAUAAGGGUUCCUCAAGUGGAGAUGGUUCGUCUGUGAUUCCUAUUUAUGAUAUGACUGACGAUGAGAUUAAGAAGAGAUUUCGAGUGACUCUUGACUGCCGAAGAUUGAAUUGUAUGAGGCUUGUUAAGAAGCCUGAUUCUCCUGGUGAGUAUAUGUGGGUUUUGCCGACGGAGAUGGCGGAAACGUGGAAGUUGGAAUCUUCUGUUACUCAGAGUCAGACUAAUGCCUUCCUUACUCUUCGUGAAUGGCCGGGUCAUUUACGACGGUUUUAUUUCAAAUUGGAUCUGUCGGAUGCAUUUUCGGCAGUAAGAACCGCUAAGGAUCUUUGGCCGUUAUUCUGUUGUAAGACCUAUGAUGAAUUUGGUCAGGAACAUGUUUGGUGCUGUACCGUUAUUGUUCAAGGAUUUCGGUACUCUCCGAUUUUAUUCUCGAGAGUGGUCUCGGAUGUAUUAGAAGCAGCUAGAGCUGAAUGUAAGCGUCUUGGUUAUGAUGUUAAGCUUACUCAUUUCCAAGAUGAUAUACUGGGUGGAGGUUCCUCGUUGACGGUGGUUUCCAAAGUGAAGGAGUUGGUAGAGCGUCUCUUUGUAGAGAGAGGUUUCCAAGUGGCUCCACAUAAAUGUCAACUUGGUGAUGAAGUAGUUUUCUGUGGUCUUAAGUGUCUGCGAGGAGAAGUUCGUCCUUCAGAACGGAAAGUUCUGACUACUGCUAUAGUUAAUGCUUCGUGUGCUGACUUUGAAAGGAUCACCGAUGUUGAGGAGAAGAAGAAAUGGAUACGCUCGUGGAGUGGUAAAUUUCAAUGGCUUUCGAGAUUGCAUAAGGUCUCUCCUGAUGGUAAUGAAGCUUUCUCGCUGGUUCGAGAAAUUGCAGACUAUUAUUUUAGUGGUCUCGCAUGUCUAUAUGUCUUCGGACAUUCUGAUACUUUUAAGUUGGUAGCUAUACCUCGGUGGGAGAUGCGUUCGUUGGGAGCUACAGCGAUGGGCUGGAUGGCGGAGCUCGAGAAUGUUAUUCCCCGUGUAACCGAUCUGCUGCAUAUUAGUAUAUGUGGUGAUGAAGUUCUUAUGUUGCUGCCAUUGUGUUUGGAUGGGGGCUCCUUAUCUAAUAAUGAUAUGAAGAAGUCCUCUACUUUCAGGGAACGUAAAGCUCAGUUAAUGUCGCUUCAUCGUUUCUUACCACUGUGUAUGGAGCCAGUUAUUAUGGUCGGUGAUAAUAUGAAUUCUGUUGGUGACCGACAUUGGCAUUCACUGGAAACUAAUCAUUGUGCUGAUGAGUAUGAGAUGAAUAUGGUUAUGGAAUACCAACGGUCUGUGGUUGGUACGUUAUGGGUCAAUCGAUCAUCUUGUAUAUCUCUGGUGGACGCUAUGGCUAGGAUUUCCAAGGAGGAAGCUGACACUUUGGAAUGUGAUCGCCAAGACGGUUUGGUGGUUACUUUGAACCCUCUGUCAUGUAUGCUAGCUACCAUUAAUGAUCUUGAUGAUGAGAGUAUCUGUGUUAUUGAUGAUGAUGUAGAGUCUUGGAAUGAUAUUGUGGUGGAACCUUUCGUUUGCCCCAAAUUCUGUGAUCUUGACGAGGUAAGAAGACAACAGUUGACGUGUCCAGAGGUUGUGGCUUUGAAAGGGCAGUCUGGUUUCCUCUCUGACCCUGAUGGGACGGUGUAUCGUGUGCAACGGUUCAGUCCUACUGGUACUCUUGUUAAGCAACUAUUACUGCCUAAAUCUUGUCGUAGACAUCUUGUUGAGCAAGCUCAUGCGGAUACUCAUGCUAAUGGACGACAGUUGAAGUUCUUUCUCCAGUCUUGGGCGUGGUUUCCCAAGCUUGGUAAUUUAUGUCGUGCUGUGGCUCAGGCCUGUCCAACUUGUCAGUUGACAGCUAGUCAAGCUGGUAGGGAGUUUGCACCUCAUGGUACUAGGAGACCUACUUCGGAUACUCCGACGGCUUGGUUGAGAGUCGGGGUAGAUGUGGUUCACAUGGGUGGUGGUGGUAAGCUUUUGACAGCUACAUGUUGGUAUACUUCAUUCUGUGAUUUCGAGCCUAUUCCUGAUACGAAGGCAAGCUCUUUCAUCCGUGGAUUGUGUAUAUUAUUCAUGCGAUGUGGAUGGCCGCGAUGUGUAUUCUCUGAUGGUGAGUUUAAUUCUCAAGAAGUUCAGUCGUGGAGUAAAGAGGUUGGUAUUUCGUGGACCAUCCAUGCUGCGAAUCAUCCACAGAGUGGAGGAUUUUAUGAGAGACGGCAUCGAAUGAUCGUUGAGGCUAUGAGGAAGUUUACUCUAGCAAGUGGAUCGUUGUGGUCUGAUGAGCUGAUCCUUGCCCAGGUUAAAUGGUUGGUUAAUCAUUCUGAGAUUGGUGAGAGUGGAAUCUGUCCGGCACUGCUCUUUUAUGGUCGGGUGCUUCCUGUUCCUUGUAUGAGGGGCGUUGAUGAUGACAUCACGAUCGAGCAGCCACAGUCUUUAUGUGAUCUCCUUAAGAUUGUCGGUCGGGUUGAUAGUCAGCGACAGAAGAUGUUGGCUAUGUUUCUUAAUGAAUGGCUUGAUCAACGAGAACGGUCUCGUCCGACUAUUCGAUAUGAGUCGAACUUGAAGCCUGGUGUGUUGGUUUAUGUCUUCACAGAACGUGUGAAUAAGCUUUCUCCUACGUUCCGUGGUCCUUUUCCAGUGCUUUCAGUUCGUGGUCGUCAUGUUUUGGUUACUACUUCUUCUGGUGUUGAGAUGCACUGGCUUGGUAACGUUAAACGGUUUAAGACUCUUGAACCAGAUGGACGUCGCCAAGCAGCAGUAGCUUCUGAAGAACGUACUCAACAAGCUUUACGAGAAGAGAAUCGAGUUAAGGAUGUUUUGCCUGUGCGUUCUUCGAAACGUCUACGUGGUGAGUCUCCUGGUCUGAUGGAGACUGUUGAACGAGCUAAGAAGGUUGCUAGAUCGUGA